CCACCACAGACUCCCACCCCAAGCGCCGCUGGAUCUGAUCGACAGCUCACUUGUGCUUUUGCCCUCAUCGCCGCACGUUCCUCCUCCAGAUCCAAGAUGUUCUCCCGCGUGUCCCGCCGCGUCGCCUCCGCUGCCAAGCGCAACGCCGCCCGCACCUUCACUACCCAGACCCGUGCCGCCUCGGCCGUCAAGGCCCCGGUCCUUGCUGUGGCUGCCGCUGCUGGUGUCACGGCCCUGGCCCUGUGCGCCGCCCCCGUGGCUGAGAACAAGGCCGCCGCCAAGCCCAACACGCCCCUGGCUGGCGUGCCCGGCACUGCCAAGGAGCGCACCUUCAUCGCUAUCAAGCCCGAUGGCGUGCAGCGCGGCCUCAUCAGCGAGGUGAUCGGCCGUUUUGAAAAGAAAGGUUACAAGCUCGUAGCUCUUAAGCUUAUGACGGCCACGGAGGCGCGUGCCAAGGCUCACUACGCUGACCUGUCGGAGCGCCCGUUCUUCCCGGGUCUCGUCAAGUACUUCACCUCGGGCCCCAUCGUUUGCAUGGUCUGGGAGGGUACGGACGUGAUCCUCACGGGCCGCAAGAUCCUGGGCGCCACUAACCCCAACCAGGCCGCCCCUGGCACCCUGCGCGGAGACAACUGCAUUUCCACGGGCCGCAACCUUGUGCACGGCUCGGACGGCCCUGACUCGGCCAAGCACGAGAUCACCAUGUGGUUCACCCCCGAGGAGAUCAGCAACUACGAGCGCGCCCUCGACUCGUGGAUCGUCUCGGACAACUAAGUGACGCUCGCGCUGAAGCGCGGCUGGAGAUGAAUCAUCAGCCCUCGUAGUCUUACACUGCUUCCAUACAGUAAAAAAAGAAAAAAUGAUUCUGAAGCAGUCAUUAUAUUUGCGAGUGGUGCAACGGUGAUCAAUGCAAGUUCAGUGCUGUUUGGUCAAUGUCUUGUUGAUGCAUUGCGCCAAAAAUGGACAAUCGUCACCAAUUGUCCAGUUGCUUGUCGCUGAUGUGUCUCCCGAAAUAAUACCACCUCGUACGCCUUUCUUCGAU